AUGGCUCGGAGUGGGCUCGAGGUGGCUUGUCUGGCAUUGCUCGCCGCGGCGACGGCGACGAUGUGCGCAGCGCAGCCGCAGACGGCGGUGCAGCCGAUGGCGAUGCCCACGUGCGCGCCGGUGCCGAUCAGCCUGUCGCCGUGCAUCGGCUACGUCUUCGGCCUCGGCUCGGCGUCGCUGCCGUCGUGCUGCGCGCAGCUCCAGGCCUUCUUCCAGUCGCAGGGGCCGUGCCUCUGCGCCAUGUCCAAGCUCGCGCCCAGCCCCUUCGGCCUGGUCCUCGGCCAGGUCCAGGGCAUGAUCCCCAACGUGUGCAACCUGCCCACCGACCCAUGCGAUGAUAUCCUCGGUGCAAGCACUUCGACAGAUGACUCGACGCCGGCAACCGCAAAUGCCACGGUACCAGCUGCGGCUCAACAGGAUCCGACUGCCGCAACAGCACCUGCAGCGGCGCCGGUCGCCGAGCCCGCAACCACGUCGUCCACCGGGGCAGAUGCGGUGCCAGAUGACAACUCUCCUGCCGCUGCCACGGCCACAGGGAAGGUAGGCGCUGGAUCAAAAGAUUCACAGGGUACUUCAAAGUUCCCGGAAUUGAUGCACGCAGCGGGUGCACGAAGCUCUGCCGCUGGCACCGUGUUGAUCAGUGUGCUUCUCGCUUAUGUUUCUGCCAUGUUUGUGUAA